CGGGUUUUAAACGUGUUUAAUACGGGAGCCAUCAAAUGAACGAUCAAAAAAGAAACGACUUGACAAUAAUACGAAUACGAAAGUUUUAAACGGAUAAAGUACGUACGGGUACAUAUACGUGUAUUAAACGGAAUAUUUACUAACUAUGCUGGGUCGAUUGCUCCCGCCAAAAAGAAUGAACAUUUCCUCUUGUUCCCGCCAAACGUUUGGGGGAAUCAAAAUCUGGUAUCAAUGUCCAGAAUUUCUCAAACUCACAAGCCACCCUGAAGAGUGAAGAGUAAAGACUAGCAAACCUUUCUAAGGAUUCGAAGUUCCGGACUCCCAGUUUCUCAUAUCCCGCCAAAGCCCUGAUCGCCGCCAUGAAAAUCCGAACACUGAAGCUACGAGAAGCGCACAAACCAAGCCCUGGGUAUGGCGCAGCCAAUGGAUCCUCCUUCUGCUCCAUCCUAUGGGACCAGCAAGCUCGUCACCUGGUCACUGCUUCCUCCUCGGAUUCGGGAAUCUCCAUCCACGACGCUCUUCUGCCGUCAACCACUCCCAAGAUUCUCCGGCACCACCGUGAUGGAGUCACCGCGCUGGCGCUCAGCCCUAAUUCCACCUGCCUCGCCUCGGGUUCUAUCGACAACUCCGUCAAGCUCUACAGGUUCCCGGGUGGGGAAUUUGAGACAAACAUCACCAGGUUCACACUUCCAAUCCGUGCCCUUGCAUUCAAUCAAUCAGGGAGCAUGCUGGCGGCUGCAGGGGAUGAUGAUGGUAUUAAGCUGAUAAACACUGUUGAUGGGUCAAUAGCAAGGGUUCUGAAAGGGCACAAAGGAUCUGUCACUGGAUUAGCUUUUGAUCCUAUGGGUGAGUACUUGGCAUCAGUUGAUUCCAUGGGAACAGUCUUAUUUUGGGAGUUGCAGUCUGGGACUAUAUUACAUACCCUAAAAGGUGUAGCUCCUAAUACUGGGUUAGACACUUCCCUGGUCAAUAUACUAAGCUGGAGUCCUGAUGGGGAGAUGCUGGCGGUCCCUGGUCUGAAGAAUGAUGUGGUGAUGUAUGAUAGAGACACAGCGGAAAAGGUGUUUACAUUGAGGGGCGACCAUUUGCUCCCUUUAUGUUUCCUGUCUUGGUCGCCUAAUGGGAAAUAUAUGGCUACCUCAGGUUUGGAUAGGCAGGUUCUGAUAUGGGAUGUCCUUAAGAAGCAAGAUAUUGACCGUCAGAAAUUCGAAGACAGAAUCUGUUGCAUGGCGUGGAAACCAGUUGGUAAUACAUUGGCUGUUGUUGAUGUUUCUGGCAAGUAUGGCCUGUGGGAAUCAGUUAUCCCAUCAUCCAUGAAAUCUCCCACUGAUGAUAUUCCACAGAGUUCAAAAAAGAGCAAUGGACUAAUGUUAUUUGAAGAAGAGGGUCAGGAGCCUUGUUCAUCUGGUAGUCUAGGUGAUCUCGGUGAAGAUAGUGUAGGUGAAUCAGGCCCACCAAGCAGGAAAAGAAUACGGAAGCGGUCUGAAUUUGAUGAAGAUGAUCCCGCUGAGAAUACGCUCGAUGGGUUCGGCCUGCUUCCUCAACGCAUGGCUCCCAAAAGAACACAUUACUCUGCGAGAGAACACUUGGACAAGGGAUCUAACGAAGAACUGAGAAGUACAGCCAUGUCUGUGAGGUCCAAAAUGCAGGAAGCUUUCCAGCCUGGUGUUACUCCUGUGCAGCCAGGGAAGAGGCGCUUCUUGUGCUACAAUAUGCUUGGAACUAUCACUACAAUGGAAUAUGAUGGGUACUCUCAUAUAGAGAUAGACUUCCAUGAUACUAGUAGAGGACCGCGAGUUCCUGCAAUGACGGAUCAUUUUGGUUUCACGAUGGCUUGUUUGAAUGAGAAUGGGAGUGUUUUUGCCAAUCCUUGCAAGGGAGACAAGAACAUGAGUACUCUCAUGUAUCGCCCGUUCAGCAGUUGGGCAAACAACAGUGAAUGGUCUAUGCGGUUUGAGGGAGAAGAAGUCAAAGUUGUUGCACUUGGAGUUCAUUGGGUUGCAGCGAUCACUAGUCUUAAUUAUCUUCGCAUCUUUACUGAAGGUGGUUUGCAGAAGCAUAUUCUUUCCCUUGAUGGUCCAGCAGUGACUGCAUCAGGCUCCAAAAAUCAGCUUGCAGUUGUCACUCAUGCUUCUAGCUGUCUUCCUUCAAGUGAUCAGGUGCUUGAAUUCCAGGUGUUUGAUAUACGUAAUGGUACAAGGCCCUCGAGGGGGCGACUUCCAUUAUCUCCUGGUUCACAUCUUAUUUGGUUUGGGUUUAGCGAAGAAGGACUAUUGAGUUCAUAUGAUUCAAAGGGUGUCUUGAGGGUUUUCACAAGCCAGUAUGGCGGCAGUUGGCUCCCGCUUUUCAGUGCCAACAAAACAAAGAAGUCGGACGAAAACUACUGGGUUGUGGGCCUGAACGCAAACAAGUUAUUCUGCAUAGUUUGCAAGAGUACUGAAGUAUUUCCUCAGGUGAUGCCCAAACCGAUUCUCACGUUGCUGGAUCUGUCGUUCCCCCUAGCAUCUUCCGAUCUGGGAGCAGAUGUCCUUGAGAAUGAAUUUAUCUUGAACAACCUGCAUCUUUUUCAGAUCCAGAAAAGAAUAGAAGAAAGUUCAUCUGACGACGGUAGGGACACCACCGAACUCGAUGAUGAAGCUUUCAGCACGGAGGCAGCUCAAGAUAGAUGUAUCCUGAGACUCAUUGCUUCCUGCUGCAACAGCGACAAACUCGUACGAGCCACUGAACUGGUGAAACUCCUGACGCUGGAGAAAUCGAUGAAAGGAGCAAUCAAGCUCGUCACUGCUCUCAAGCUUCCUAACCUUGCAGACCGCUUCAACAGCAUACUUGAGGAACGAAUGCUGAUUGAAACCAAAGGAAUGUCAGAGACAGCUGGUGUUGCGGUUAGCCAGGGUUCGGGUUUGGCACGAAAUGGGACAGCAAGUGAGGUACCAUCAGGGCCCAGCUGCAUCCCAUCUUCAUCCACCACAUUGUCAGCGCCUCGUUUCUUCAAGAAAGUGGUGAACAGAGGUGAACAGAAAGGGAGGAAUGAUCAUAACCUCCAAACUGCGAGAGAAGUUCAGCCAGAAGUUGCAUCGAGUGGGGGAUCGACGGAGCUCAGAACAGCAGCAGCAGCAGGAACCCAGGAAUUGAACGGUACAUCCAAUCCAUUCUUGAAAUCAUCAAGCAAUGGUCCAACCAAAGAAACAACGUCCCAGCGCCCUCCUUCCAACCCCUUUAAAAAGUCAGCAAAGUGAAGAUGGUUGAUCAACCACCUGUGGGCAAAUUUGGUGUAGAGGCGCGCGAACGAAAGAGGGGGAGCUAAGAGAUGGAAUUCUUGAACAAGUUUUGGUCUUUUACUCAGCCCUUAGCUGAUCGUGAUUUCCUCAGUUGAAUUUUGCAGGUCCAUUGAAAUGACUGGAUCCCAUCUUUGUACUAAGUUCUUUUUUAGGAGUUCAAUCCACCCAAGUAGAAGUCAAGACUUUAUGCAAACCUUAACUACUUGACCUACUGUGACGGUUACGAAUCACAGGAGCAACAAACCUACCCAGAUGGCUAGAUGGAAAGCCAUAGCCACUCUGCUCCAAAUUGGUUUGGAAACCAUGGAAUCACAUGCUCAAAGCAAAGAGCAUGCAGAAUAAAGCCGUACAUUUACUGAAACAAAGUAGUAGCUUAACACAAGAGUAGUAGCACCAAAGAAGCACAAAAACAUAUUCCAAAACUCAUGUCAUUGCCAAGACAGGAACAUAAACCAAAAUGAUAACACGAUUGUAGCUCUCAAAACAAAAUCUAAAUACUCAGCUACUAAUGUCAUGGCUCUCUAUUUAAUAAACUUUAACAGCUCAA